GUCAUGAAUCCAACAUGUCGGUGUGCGGCAGAAUGAGGAUGUCACCCUCAGCUCUUUUGGGAUUUAAAUGUCUUUUCGCUGCUCGGUUUUCCUCCCGGAGGAUCUUAGCGUGUCUGCCGGGGCUCAGCGGGAGAGGUUACUCAGUGGAGGCUCAGCAGCAGCAGCAGGUGUUGGAUGAGAGGCCUCGGGGCCCUCAGGAUCUCUACAGUGGGCCCCUGGACCACUACACCUCCAUUAUCAGAGAGGGAGCCCUGAAGGAGGACGAGCACCAGAGAGCUGUGAUGCUGACCCUGGAUCAGCUGCACCAAACACUCAGAGGAUACAGCAACACACACACAUCCCUCUUCUCCAGGUUAUUCACGAAGCCUGAACCUCCUAACGGUUACUACAUCUACGGUGACGUGGGCACGGGGAAGACGAUGGUGAUGGACAUGUUUUAUUCUCACGUCGAGACGGAGAAGAAGAAGCGGGUUCACUUCCACGGCUUCAUGUUGGACGUUCAUAAAAGGAUCCACCGUCUGAAGCAGAGCAUGCCGAAGAGGAAAGCCGGGAAAAUGUCCAAAUCCUACGACCCGAUCUCUCCGAUUGCCGAGGAGAUCAGCGAAGAGGCGGCGCUGCUCUGCUUCGACGAGUUUCAGGUGACAGAUAUCGCAGACGCCAUGAUCCUGAAGCAGCUCUUUGAGAAUCUGUUCCUGAAAGGAGUCGUUGUUGUGGCCACCUCCAACCGUCCGCCUCAAGACUUGUAUAAGAACGGGCUGCAGAGGGUCAACUUCGUGCCGUUUAUAGCCGUGCUGCAGAGGUAUUGCCAAACUCUCCGCCUGGAUUCGGGGAUAGAUUAUCGCCGGAGGAACCGACCGUCUGCUGGAAAACUCUACUUCCUCUCCAGUGAGCCGGACGUCCAGGCGACUUUAGACAAGAAGUUUGAUGAGCUGGCUUUCAAACAGAACGACAUAACGCGCCCCAGGAUGAUGAACGUGAACAACAGGAAGGUGCGUCUGGAGAAAGCGUGUGGGAGCAUCGCUGACUGCACCUUCGAGGAGCUGUGUGACCGACCUCUGGGAGCCAGUGACUACCUGGAGGUCUCUCGUCUGUUCGACACUCUCUUCAUCAGAAACAUUCCCCUGCUGACGCUCAACAAGAAGGCCCAGGCCCGAAGACUCAUCACUCUGGUGGACGCUCUGUACGACCACAAGGUGAGGGUUGUGAUUCUGGCGGAUCAUCCUCUGGAGGAACUGUUUGUUCUCGACGGAGAACACGGACACGACGAGAGCAACAUCCUGAUGGACGACCUGGGGCUCCAGAGGGAUGAAGCCAGCAGUCUGUCGAUCUUCAGCGGCUCCGAGGAGAUGUUCGCCUUCCAGAGGACGGUCUCCAGACUGACGGAGAUGCAGACGGAGGAAUACUGGAUCCAGGGAGACCGGAGCGCCAAACCCAAGGUGUAACGCUUCAAAACAAAACAGAAAAACAAAGGGACCAUGCUGCACAACGAUCCAUAAAAACUCUUGACCAGUCACUCCUCCUGCAACUUGCUGCUAACGCCGCACACACAGUAUUUAUUCAAGACUUUCAUUUUGAAAAGCACUUUGUAAAACAGACUUCAUGAAGCGGUCCAACUUUAUUGACUUUUAUACUUCUGUACGGAAGAUUUUAUGAGGAUUUGAAGGACACUUGAAUCUCCUCUCAUGGACAUACGAUGCAUCUCAACGAGUGGUUUGAGAUUUUAAAACAGUGGCAGCAGAUUCAUUCAGAGACUUGAGAGAUGUGUGUUUCUAUUUCUCAUGAUUGAACUGAUUGAACUGCAUGGGGAUCAUUUUACUGAACAAAACAAACAUUUAUCAGUAUUUUUUAUUUAUCAGAUGUCAGGAGGUUUGUAUUUGACUUCCAGUUAUCUGUCUUUUUAAGUGAAACAAUAACAACCCUAACCCUAAGCCUUUUAUUUAGAUACCUGCCUUACAGGAAAGAGACUCAGUGUGAAAGUGAGAAGUGUUAUUUAUGCAGACGGACGGACGGUGAUUACAUUUAGCUGACGAUUUGAACCAAAGCGACGUCUAAUAAGUGCAAUAAACCAUAACGUGUCAAACUAAGGACAA